CUUUAGAGGCAGUUUUUUCAACCCCAUUUAUAAAAAGGGAAGCUAAAGGGUGUGAAAAUACCCGGUAUGUUCGAAAUUGACAUUUAGAGGCGGUUUUUUGAUAAAAACCGUAGGUAUAAAAUUGCAUUAUACCAUUUAGAGGCGGUUGGAAAUUAAUUUUUAUUUUUUUUUUCUGAAAUACCCUAUGCCGUCGGUUCCUUCAUAGGAACCGACGACAUAGGGUACACGAAAACCUGACACGUGUACCCUAUGCCGUCGGUUCCUAUGAAGGAACCGACGCCAUAGGGUCGAUCAGAGUAUAUCCCUUUGCUCGACCUUCCUUCUUCCUCCCCACUUCACUCAGCAACCCAGAAAAACCAGAGACCCAUUUUCUCAGCCAAAACCCUCGCCUCCACCACCUUCUCCCCACCCUAUCUCCCUCAUUUCUCAACCAUUUCAGCCCAUUUUUUUUUUAAAAUCCUCCAUUUUCGAUACUUAAUAACAUACACCUAAAAAGUUCUGAUUUUUUAGCCUCUAAAAGUGUCAUCCGAACCCAAAUAGUAAAUUUUGGGUGUGAAAUCCGGCCACCCAUUUUUGUUGAGAAAUUGUUCAAUCUCAACCUCGUUUAAGGUAUAAAUAUUGCUUCUAUUCUUAUUGUAUUAUGUAUAUUGUUUUAUUUUUUGUUUUUGUAAAUUAUUAUUUGAGUUUUUUUAUUUUAUUAGUAAUAUUAUUGUGUUUUAUGUGUAUAGUGUCGGGAUUUUUUACGGUGGUCGUCGGAUUGCGGUUAUUAGGGGUUCGGCAUAAUUUUGUGUGUAGCGUAUUUGGGCUUGCAAUUAUAGACAUGGCGAACUCAGAAUCAGGAUCUGAUUCGGGAGCAGAAAAUGAGUGUCCAACCACAAUACCUACACGAGGGCCGACGCAAAUGAAUGAAAUAUCCAAACUAAUGGAUCAGGGCAAAAGAGUGGCCCUCGAAGUUAAUGAUAAAGGUCAAUACUGUGGAAAAAGCUACGCGAAGCUCGUAUCCACUCUGGGAGUCAGAUGUCGGCAGACAAUAGGGUUGGCUUAUAAAAAUUGGAAAGAAGUCAACCAGACUCUGAAAAAUAAAGUUUGGAAAGACAUUCAGACGGGGUUCAUUGUGCCGGACACCUUCAAACAUGAUUGUCUCAUCCUAGCUGGGAAGUUAAUGAAAGACUUCAAGAAUAGGAUGACAAAAGACAUCAUAAUGCCCGCGUUGAAAGAGAAUGAUCUGGGACGACUGGCACAAGUCCCUGAAAAGCACCCGGAGAUCGACGCUGCUGAUUGGUGCAAAUUUGUUGAAAGUAGACUAACUCCUGAAUUUCUGGAAUUGAGUAAGGUGCAACGUGAACGUUCCUCAAAAAUUCAAUCCAGACAUCGAAGUGGUCGGAGUGGAAUGGUGAACGUACGGGAAGCUGUGAAAAAGGACCUCGAAGUUGCAGAUCCUCCCCGCCACCGUGUUUGGAUUAAAUCUCGCACCAAGAGUAGAAAACUUGUCACUGAUUACGACAAGGAAAUUGCCGAGAAGAUAGCUCAAUUAGAGGAGAAGCUUAGUCAGGGACAAAUUCAGGUCCAGGGCCAAAACGAUAUCCUCACGCAGCGCUCGGGACACCGCAGCAUCCCGGACGUGUCGUGGCCGCCGGAGCUUCUCACAGUGCAUGGAAUCAGCGAUGAAGAACAGAGUUAG